GGAACACUUUGAACGGUCAAGCAAAAUAUCUGGAUGCUUUGGGACUAGGCCUGGUGGUAUGCCCCUGUCAACACGGAGCAUCUCUUUCCGACAGCGCAUCGGCAGCACUCCUGAAUGAAGUACCAAAAGUUUCACACACAGCACAUCAUUGUCAUGCAGAUAACGCCUUGCCAAAUAUUUAGCAGGAUCGUACCACGUCGGACCAGUUCGUAUUCCAAGUACACAAGGCAAGAACCUUCCCGAAGAAUCUUCCUCUGCGCAGCCGUCCUGGCGAAAGGGUUCGAAUAACUUCACGUUGCUAGUAGCAGUGCGCUGUUUGUACGAGGUAAUGCAGAGUGAAGACGAGCCAUUAGUGCCCGCUGACGGGUUAUGAUGGAUGUGACAAGUCCUUCAAGCAGCCAGCUCCUGGAGGGGAUAUUUGGCCCAUCAGGACCCCAUCAGGAUCCCCUGGUGGAGUAGCAUUGGUCCAUCACGACCCUUCAGGGCGCCUUGACGGAGCGCGGAGUGGACCACGCUAUCCAUUACAAUCCAUCAGACAAGCCAAAUGUCGCUUCGGCGACUCUUCCUCCAACACAAGCGCACUGCCAAGUGGCCCUUCAUUCUGGUCAUCUUGGCCUGUGCGGUUCUAUGGAAGGCUCUCUCGUCCAGGUACGAAGAAGAGCUGCAACCACGCCUGGACGGUGCUGCUGGUAAGGUCAAGAACGAUGCCGUUGCAAGUAAACACUGGCAGCCAUUGGAGGACCUCGCAGAACUACCGGCGUGCACUUCGGUGCUGAUCAAAUCACGUCUGGACUGUCACCCCGACGAAGGAGUCACGGAAGAGCGAUGCCGAAAGCGUGGCUGCUGCUGGGACGCUUCCAGUGCACGAAAUGCGCCUCCCUGCUACAUGCCUGACGGCUACACGGCUUUCGAGUUGUCGUCCAGACAGACCACCGCAGGUCUGGAGGUGAUGCUGCAACGCAUCUAUCCAUCGGGUAUUUCGGGCAGCACAAUGCAGCUUAAAGUACUCGUCUAUCACUACUACGACGACGUCGUUCGCAUUAAGAUACGAAGAACUUACAACGAGGAGUACGAACCGCUUGUGCCACCCAUAUCGAAUGCUGCACAUCUAAUCUUUACUAAGAAUCCUUCCAUUACAAUCGACAAGGGGACCCUUAUUGUCAACGCUGCACCUGACAGAGGAUCUUUCGUCUUCCACUUAGGCAGCUUCAUCUGCAGCACAAAGGUGAACCAGAUCAAGGUUCAAGUCCCAGCAACCAUGGUCUAUGGCCUGCAGUCCAAGCACGGCUCGUACUUUGCCAAGUUCACUGAACGAUCUGCGCACAGUUUUUACUCCUUCGAUGAUGACUCGGCUCACGGAAAGGAAAAUGAGUCACUAUCGUUCGGAGGCCAUCCCUUCCUGCCUCUGCUCGAUGCUGACACCAGCACCGCAUCUGGAAUAUUUCUGUGGACCUCGAACAGCAUAGUCAUGACCCUGGCGGAGGACAAGUCACUUACCUUCAAAACCGACGGUGGCACCAUGGACUUUUUCCUGUUCCUGGCGCCAACCCUGAAGGAAGUCGUCCGAGACUACCAGCGGGUGGUGGGCUUCCCCGCAAUGCCUCCGCAAUUUUUGUUCAAUAUUAAGAAUGACAAAGACGUGUACCAAAACCCUGACACAUACUUCCUGUAUAAGAGUCUGCCCCUCGGCGACAUUGUACGAGUAACAGACGCUGGUGAACCUUUUGUUCUUGCAUGCAAUGGCGAAAAGGUAACUUGCAAGACCAAGAGCGGUUUUGACGAUCACUGGUGCGUGGAUUUCUCGUCUCCAGACGCUGGGCCGUUGUUGCUCAGCAUUCUAAGCAACAGCCGGCUUAUGGACAAGUACUUCGGGAGCAUCCUGCUUGCCGAGAACAUUGGUGACUAUGCGGACCCUUGUUGCACGAAUAUCACAGCCGAAGGCCACUGCCCGAAAAACGCACACAACCUUUCGAACUUCAGGAACUUGCGCCAUGCUUACCCAUACUAUCAAGCCAGGCUCACUUACGAAGCAUUCACCAACGCCUGGAAGAUACGAAGGGCGCUGCUGUGGCACAAAUCCUUCCCGGGACAAGGCAGGUUUAGUGGCUACUGGAACUCGGUUGCGGGCAAAGUCUGGGAAGAUUUAACGACGACCCUGGGAGAGUUUCUGCUCUACAACAUGUACGGCAUGCCCAUAUAUGGAACGAAGUCGUGGUGCUCCGACGCGAACUCAACGGCGGAUCAAGAAAACCUGUGCAUCAAGUGGCUUAUUCUGGCAACGUUCUUCCCUGUCUAUAUGAACACAUCUUCUGCUACAGCGGCGGUGUACAACUCCUCCAGGUACACGUUCUUUUCGCACAACUGCCUGCGGCCUUACUCGUACACGUUGUACUACAAGAACAGCCGUUUUGGAGACAUGGUUGCCAGGCCAAUGGUGUUCGAAUUUCAGAACGACACGAAAGCCAGAGAAGUCGAACGGCAGUUCAUGUUUGGGUCAGCGCUGCUGGUAGCACCCAUCCAGGAAUAUGGUGCCAAUAUCACUGCAGUUUACUUUCCUCGAGGCCUGUGGUAUGACUGGUACAACGGAAAGCCUUUCACGAGCAAUGGUGAAAUCAUCUACGUCCCCGUGAAUGACGUCUACAGAAUGGUCUACCAGCGUGCGGGGACAAUAGUCGCGAUGGAGGCUCCAUCCAACGAUAGUUCCACCAGGAACAUACUGCUGGCGGUGGCUCCAAGCAUGAAUGAGUCUGCAUCUGGGGAGAUGUACGUUGACGACGGGAUCAGGACCGAUGCAAUAAGCCGAGAGAGGUACAGCAUGUUCCGGUUCUCGUUCCUGAAGAACCAGCUCACGGGCCGUUGCUCUCCAUGCAACCAUCCCAGCCGUGACCGUCUGACUUCGGUCACGGUCCUCUCUAUGAAAAGCCUUCCAGACACAGUGCUUUUUAACGGAAAUCCUGUUUCGAAAAAGCACGUUAGAACGACCAUGUACGUGAGGGGAUACUCCCAUCCCAUGAUACAGCCCUUCCAGAUCAACUGGUAAUUUGAAGGAAUGGGUCUCGUUGUUGUUUUUGUUGCGUGUUAUCCACAUUAAAGCUCUGUUGUCGCUUUUCA